CUUUUUGCGACAACGACCAUUUGACGCGGAACUCUUCGACUUUGCGCCAGAACGUAUUGAAAUAUUGGCAGUAGUUGUUCGAAAUCGAGAGAUCACGAAUUUGGACCAUAUUUCAUCAUGGCGGACACUACCAGCAAAGAGGUGCCUUUGCACUCAGUACAGGUUGAGGCAUUGGUAUGAACAAUCACAGGCAAGCUAUUGAAGUUCUGGCUAAUGCGAUAUACAGGUCGUUAUGAAGAUUGUAAAGGCUUGUGCCGCAACUUACCCAACUACAGCUACUGGAUCUAUCGUUGGUAUGGACUCAAAUGGAACUCUUCAAAUCACAAACUCCUUCCCAUUCCCAACGGCAGACGUCGCCGCCUCGGAUUCUCACCCAAAUGACCAUAUGGCCGCCUCGAACAUUGCUGCGGCAGCUCCAAGAUCAAAGGCAAAUAUUGUUUACCAAAGUGAGAUGAUUAAGAUGUUGAAGGAAGUCAAUGUUGAUGCGAAUAACGUUGGAUGGUACACAAGUGCCAACAUGGGAAACUUUAUCAACACCAGCUUGAUCGAAAAUCAAUUCUUCUACCAAAAGGAGCCAAAUGAGAGAACCGUUGCGCUCAUUCACGAUGUUAGUAGAAGUGCUCAAGGUGCUUUGAGUCUACGUGCUUUCAGACUUUCACCAAACUUCAUGACGGCCUACAAGGAGGGCAAAUUUACCACUGAGAAGUAUGUAUAUGAAAUAUGCUAUUGUAAUGCCAUCACUGACAAUAGGACAGCAUGCAAAAGUCAAAGCUCACAUACAAAGACAUUUUGGUCGAAUUACCUAUCAUCGUCCAUAACUCUCACCUUUUGACCUCCUUUUUGCACCAAAUGCCAGUCGAAUUACCGAAGAAAGAACUUGAUUUCCCUGCAAGUCUCGCAGACCUCACCCGAAACACACCACCAACUCCGCUCUACCCUAACUUGGAAUCCUUAGAUCUAUCCAUCGAUCCUUACUUGGAGAGAACCUGUGAUAUGCUUUUGGACAGCAUCGAAACCCACUACACCGAACUCAACAACUUCCAAUACUUCCAAAGACAAUUGACUCGUGAGCAAGCCAAGGUCACAGCAUGGAAGACCAAGCGUGCGGCGGAAAAUGCUAGUCGGGCUACACAGAAACUAGCACCUCUACCAGAGGAUGAGUGGGAGAGACUCUUCAAACUUCCAACAGAACCAAGCAGAUUGGAAGGGAUGUUGAAUGCACGACAAGUUGAUCAGUACUCGAGACAAGUGGAUGGAUUUACCGCCAGCAUCACCGGAAAGAUGUUUGCAGUAAAGAGCAACCUCUUACCAGAACAGUCUUAAAAAAGAAACGUAUGUAAUGCAGCUGGUAGUAGGGCAAAAAUUUACGGUUGCUAGCUAGGGCACUUAUGAGGGAUUUGUUGCAUGGGCAUGGCGUUCAGAGGGUUAUGCCAAUAUGUGGGAUCAUAUUCAUGAUCAAAAAGGAACGAUAGGCGGCAUCUUGAGGACUCUUCUCAUGGACGUAUAGAUAUCUCGUAUAUUCCUUCAAAAAUGCACGGACAUUGAUAUUGUCCACCCACCAAUAUGCACAUCAACCCCACUUAUAGGAUUUUAUUGCUAUCAGUG